GCCCUGUUGGCGCACCCAGACGUCCAGGCAGAGAUUGCAAAGCUGAAACUUCCCGAGGGGACUGUGGUUGUGGCGGACCCGUGGAUCUACGGUAUGCCCGCUGCUCGCACAGCGUGGGAGUGUUUGUUUUUUGCUGAUUCUGCAAAGGGUCUGACGGCGUCAAGGACGGCAAGUUCUACGACGACAAGCGCGUCAUGCAAUGCUUCCUCUACAUGCGCGACCCGCAAAAUCCGUCCGAGGCGGAUAGUUGCCACUACGCCUUCCCUCUGCCCAUAUCACCGGUUGUCGACCCUAACACUUUGGAACUGAUCCGCAUUGAUAUCCUCCCAACCGGACUCGACGAGAAAGUCAAGCCUCUUGCCCCAUGGCAGGCCGUGGGACCCAACGAGUACAUCCCCGAGGCGCAAGUACUCCGCACCGACCUUAAACCCCUGCACGUCGUGCAACCUCAGGGAGCCUCCUUCACCGUUGAGAACUUCUCCGAGCUAGGCCGCCUGAUCCGGUGGCAAAAAUGGGACUUCAAAGUCGGCUUCAACCAGCGGGAGGGCAUGGUGCUGUACGACGUGCACUACGACAACCAGCCGCUCUUCUACCGGCUGAGUCUCUCCGACAUGUCCAUCCCCUACGCCGACCCCCGCCACCCCUUCCACCGCAAAGCAGCCUUCGACCUGGGCGACGCCGGCGCGGGGAUCAUGGCCAACAACCUCCAACUGGGCUGCGACUGUCUCGGCAGCAUCUACUACAUCAGCGGCGUCCUCUCCGACAGCAACGGCAACCCCGUCUCCAUGCCCAACGUGAUCUGCGUGCACGAGCAGGACGCGGGGAUCCUCUGGAAGCACACCAACUACCGCACCAACCGCGCGGUGGUAGUCCGCAACCGCGAGCUGGUUCUCCAAACCAUCCUGACGGUCAGCAACUACGAGUACGUCCUAUCCUUCAUCUUCAACACAGCCGGCGACGUCGUCUACGAAGCCCGCGCGACAGGCAUCCUCUCCACGCAACCCCUCGACCUCGAACUAACCCACACCCCGCACCCCUUCGGCACGGUCGUCCACCCGGGCGUCCUAGGCGGCUUCCACCAGCACUUCUUCUCCCUGCGCAUCGACCCCAUGAUCGCCGGCCACUCCAACACAGUCCUCUACGACGAAGCAAUCCCCCUGCCGCGUGACCCUGUGCUCAACCCGCACGGCGUCGGGUACACCAUCCGUCACACCCCGCUGACACACUCCGGCGGGUACGACCUCAACCCGGCCACCAACCGCACCUUCAAAAUCAUCAACCCUUCCGUGCACAACCCAGUCAACAGCUCCCCGGUGGGGUACAAACUGUUAAUCCCCCCGAUGCAGGGGAUUUUGGCGGACAAAGAAUCCUUCCACAACCGGCGCGCCGAGUUUGCGGAUCGGAGCAUCUACGUCACGCGCUAUGUCGAUGGGGAGUUGUAUGCCGGUGGGGUGUACACGAACCAGAGCCGUGGCGGGCAGGGUGUGAGAGGGUGGGCUGAGAGAAGGGAUAUUUUAGCAGGGGGCGAUCCGGUGGUUUGGGUGCAGUUUGGGAUUAAUCAUGUUCCGAGGGUUGAGGAUUUCCCCGUUAUGCCGGCCGAGACGUUGAGAGUGAUGAUGAGGCCGGUGAAUUUUUUUGAGAGGAAUCCGGCGAUUGAUGUCCCGCCUAGUAGACAGGAGGUUAAUUGUAGUGUGGGGUUGAAUGGGAAGGGGAAUGGUAAGGGGGAGGAUGAUAUGGCGGGGAGAGUCGGGGGGUUGGUGUUGGGUGGGGAAGAGGGGAGGUUGAGUGCUGCUUGUGCUUCGCACGGCGGUGCGUGAUUGUGGCGGAUAUCUGUAUUGCAGAGAUUGAGUCUUGGUUGAAGCAACUUUUAUUCGGCAAGCACAUGCGGGGAAAUAUCAUGCCGUGUGCUGUAUUCGAAAC